GUUUCAUGACUCAAAAUGCUCCUGGACUGACUUAUGACCCAGUUUAGCGCUCCCGACGUCUGUCACUCUUUAAGAUUACAGAUUUUGGUGGACCAUAUGUGGAAUAUUUGGUUUUGUAUGGUGUCUGUGUUUUCUAACGAACAGAUGAACCGUCCAAAAUGUCGACAAGAUUAGACAGAUUGUUUCUGCUUCUUGACACUGGGUCUACACCACUGAUUAGGAAGUCGGCAGCUGAACAACUGGGGGAAGUUCAGAAACUUCAUCCCUAUGAACUAAACAAUCUGUUGUCAAAGGUACAUGGCUACUUACGGAGUCCUAAUUGGGAGACAAGGAUUGCUGCUGGACAAGCAGUUGAAGCUAUAGCAAGAAAUGUUCCUAAAUGGGAGGCCAAACUAGUCCCAAAACAAGAACCCCAGAGUGACCCCAGCUGUGUACAGUCUCCUGGACAACUAUUAUUUGCUCAAUUUGAUCUCAACAAAGUCCUCAAUUAUGGUGCAUCCUUGGUGGGGUCCGAGGAAAAGAUGUAUGAGGUUGAUAACAGCACAACUCAAUUGGCGGACAAGGAACAGUUAAGUAGACAGAGGCAGAUGCUGAAUAAGAGGCUUGGUCUGGAUGUGGCUGGAAAUCUUGGUCUCGGCAUAGGCUCUGAUAUCUUCACUGACGAUGACCUAAUUAUGGGUAUCAAAUCCAGCAACGGUGUCAACACGGAAGACCAGAAAUCGGUGUCAGAUAUUGUGAAACAACAGCUGUUGCUAGUGACUGGAGGAAUGAGUGCUCGAGAGAAAAACAGAGUCAAGAGGAAGGCCAAAAUACUGGCUAAACAGCGAUCUAAAGAAUGUCAGAGUGAACAAAUGACAUUGGAAACAGAACCACCAUGUAAAAAGGCAAAGUCUAGGAAUGAACUUGACCUUGGCAGUGAUGGGAAGCUUGUGAUGGAGAGCUCGAAUGACAAUACUUUAAAUAUGGAAGAGGUAGAGGAGUGGCCUUUUGAGACCUUCUGUGAGCUCCUGAUGAACGACUUAUUUCAGAGUACCUGGGAAAGUCGUCAUGGAGCUGCCACAGGAUUACGGGAAGUAAUCAAACUUCAUGGUCAAUCAGCUGGGAUGUCUGUUGACACACCAGCAGACCAGGUUAAGACCAUUAACCAGGUUUGGCUGUCAGACCUGGGCCUCAGGCUGGUAUGUGUGAUUGCCCUCGACAGAUUUGGGGACUAUGUGUCAGAUGAGGUGGUUGCCCCAGUGCGGGAAACAUGUGCCCAGACCCUUGGAGUGGUAGUGCGGUGUCUGGAGCCUUGGGGAGUGGAAGGCGUGGUCCACAUUCUGCUUCAGCUGCUGGCACAGAGACAGUGGGAGGUGCGACAUGGUGGAUUAUUGGGCUUUAAGUACCUCUUGGCGAUCAGAAAGGAUAUGACAGACAAACUAUUGCCAGCGACCCUUCCUUGUUUGUUCCAAGGUCUACAGGACAUCAGCGAUGAUGUACGUGCAGUAGCAGCUGCAGCUCUGGUGCCAGUGGCUGACAGUGUGGUUUCUCUGCUGCCUGGUCAGGUACCCCUGAUUGUGGCCAGCCUCUGGCAUACGCUUCUGGACUUGGAUGACCUGACAUCCUCAACAAACAGUAUUAUGACACUCCUGUCAACAAUCAUGGCUCAUCCGAGAGCCUCUGUACUAGACUGGCUGACUACUCCUUUAACUGACCUUGUCCCUAGACUCUGGCCAUUCCUGCGACACAACAUAGCAUCUGUGAGGAAAUCAGCUCUACAGACAUUCAGCACUCUACUGGAUAUAGAAAGUGUUCAGCAUCCUACAAACGCAUGGCUGCCACUGAUUCUCCAGGAUGUUUUGCGGCACCUCAUACAGCGCAGCCUUCUUGAGGAACGGCAUGAUGUUCUGAUCACAGUUGGAGAAGUUUGGUCAAAACUGCUUUCCAAGACACCUAUAGAACAUCUCAUUGCCAUGGCAACUCCUUGGCUAGGUGUAUGGCUGUCUUUGUGUAUGCAGCCUUCUAAAGUCCCAUUUGAGCCAACAUACCUGAUCCAAGCAAAGCAUCGGGGACGGUUGGAGGUUACUUCUGGACGACAACGAGUCAGUGGCGGACAGGAGAAGGAGCAACAAGACUACAUCGCCAGUACAAACAUGCUCAACAGUGAUGUCCGAGAACGGGACACAGCUGUAAUGAAAGCCAGAAUGCAUACUUCAAGGUUACUUGGAAUAUUGUGUAGUUACAUUACCAGGGAAGUGCCCAAUUAUCCUUUGGAGGCAGAGAAACCAAUUCACUCCCUCAGUAAACUUUUCCUCUUCCACAUGAAUAAUAAGUCCGCUAUUCAGCGCUUUAUUGUUGGCCAAGUUCUGUAUUAUUGGGCAUCUGUAACAAAGGACUGUCCCUGCACAACUGAAACUAAAUCCAAGCUACUAGAGUGCCUUAAUGAAGCCAUCUACUUUGAUGAAAUUGCUGCUUCGUUCACCCAUAUGCAGUCUGAUUGUCAGAACUUCAUAGCUGGACUGAAACAGCAAGGCAUCGACAUGGAUUCUAUCAUUCCUCCAGGGAGUAUCCUUUCUGUGGAACAAGCCUCAUCCUUGACCAGUACAGUUUACGAUCAGGUCAAAAUUACAUUAAAACCUAAUGCUCUUCAGACAUUUGAGGACAGAAGGAAACAACUGCGUUCCAUUGUGGAACACACCACACAGGAACUUCAAACUCUCACUGUCAGAGUUCAGGUUAGCUUGGCUAAAGCUGUGGUGAUGAUGGAUAUCCUCCCUGAUAAACUGAACCCUGUAAUUCGUCCACUGAUGGAUUGUAUCAAAAAGGAGAGCAACAUCAACAUACAGAGGGAGGCAGGCGACUGCCUUUUAUUCCUCAUCCAGAAAUGUGUCGGUAGAAGUCCCAGUCCCAAUGGUAAAGUGGUGAAGAAUUUGUGUGGAUUCCUGUGUGGGGAUCCUAGCUUCACCCCUAAAGUUGAGUCACCAGCCCCACCUUCCUCAGAGAGUAGUCCAUCAAAUGAAGUUCCAUGUAGGAAACACACUGGGAUCCUCACACUGACAAAACAGCAAAAAGUCCCAGACAAUGGAAGGAAGUGGCUACGUCGUACCCCUAGUGUCAAAGUUGAUGUAGAUAUCCCUGCUGAUGUUACACAUGACAAUGUUGAGGCCCAGCGACAGUUAAAUAUCCAGAGACGUGGUGCAGACCUGUCCCUCAACAUAAUCACUCGCCAGUUAGGAGACAAACUACCAAAUUCUCUACCCCAGUUCUGGGAAACUGUCUCUCAACCUCUUUCUCGGGUCCCCACAGAUGUAGAUUCUCACUGGGAAUUGAAAGAGGAUGGAGCUGAGGAGCUUGUCCAUAGCCUACAGGUGCUUGAAUGUGUGUGUGCUUCCUUGGACCCAACCCUUGUCUCACAGAUUGUGGAAAAGCUUCCAAAUUUACUGACAUGUCUUCAAUGUUCCUAUACAGCUGUGAGGCACAUGGCUGCCCGCUGUGUUGGGGCUCUCUCAAGGGUUAUGACCUCUGACCUGAUGACCUUUUGUGUGGAAAGUGUGAUCCCGUUCCUUGGAGCCUCAGACCAGGAAUGUCAAAGACAGGGAGCAGUAGAAGCUCUAUCACAUGUGAUAGAACAGAUGGGAGUGGACCUGUUGCCUUACAUAGUGCUACUGGUUGUCCCAAUCCUAGGUCGUAUGAGUGACCAGAAUGAUGCUGUCCGUCUUCUUUCUACCAAUAGCUUUGCUUCCCUGAUUCGACUCCUGCCACUGGAAGCAAGUAUUCCAGACCCACCAGAGAUGAAUCCAAGAUUAGCAGCCCAGAAAGAAAUGCAGCGGAAAUUUUUAGAACAACUCAUGGAUUGUUCCAAAGUGGAAAGUUACCAAGUUUCAGUGCCUGUAGAUGCAGAUCUCCGCAAAUACCAACAGGAUGGUGUAAACUGGCUGGCGUUCCUGAACAAGUACUCUCUGCAUGGCAUACUGUGUGAUGACAUGGGUCUGGGGAAAACACUGCAGUCCAUCUGUAUUCUGGCUAGUGACCACUACCUUCGUGAUCAAAAAUACAAGAAAAACAAGAUUCCAGACUGUGCUCCAUUAUCUUCAAUAGUGAUAUGUCCUCCAACUCUGAUUGGCCACUGGGUUUACGAGGUUCAGAAAUUUGUGGACCAGCAGUAUCUAAAUCCUCUGAUGUAUGCAGGGCCUCCAAGUGAACGAGUCAGGCUUCAGAAGAGGGUGAAGAAACACAAUCUGAUAGUGGCCUCAUAUGACGUUGUCCGCAAUGAUAUUGAAUUCUUCAGUACAAUCAACUGGAACUACUGUAUCCUAGAUGAAGGUCACAUCAUCAAAAAUGGAAAAACAAAGUUAUCAAAGGCUGUGAAGCAGCUUCAGUGUAAUCAUCGUCUUGUAUUAACGGGAACCCCCAUCCAAAACAAUGUCCUUGACCUGUGGUCACUUUUUGACUUCUUGAUGCCUGGCUUUCUCGGGACAGAAAAACAGUUUCAAGGAAGGUACGGCAAGCCUAUUCUCCAGAGUCGAGAUGCUAAAAGUACCUCCAAGGAGCAAGAGGCAGGAGCUUUAGCGAUGGAGUCGCUGCAUCGUCAAGUUUUGCCAUUCAUCCUACGACGAUUGAAGGAGGAUGUCCUACAGGACCUGCCACCUAAGAUCAUACAGGACUACUAUUGUGACCUUAGUCCUCUACAGGUUGAGUUGUAUGAAGACUUUGCCAAGUCUCAGGCUAAGAAGGGUGUUGAAGAUAUGGUCACAUCACUGAAGUCAGAAUCUCCAGAGAAGAAAGUACCUACCAAAGGCAGUACACAUGUAUUCCAGGCGUUACAGUAUCUGCGUAAAGUGUGUAACCAUCCAUCUCUUGUGUUGACCCCGGCCCAUCCUAAGUACGAACAGAUAACAUCACAGCUCAAGAAACAGAAUACCAACCUCAGGGAUAUACUGCAUGCUCCAAAACUCAAUGCUCUCAGACAACUCCUAAUGGACUGCGGAAUUGGUGUUGACCAGUCCAUGCAUGUACCUGGUCAGCAGCAGGUGACCAGCAAUCUUCCUGUGGUCAAUCAGCAUCGAGUCUUGCUCUUCUGUCAGCUCAAGGGCAUGCUGAACAUUGUAGAGAAAGACUUGCUGAGAACACAUAUGCCUGGUGUUACAUACUUGCGACUUGAUGGAAGCAUUCCAGCAGGCUCACGGCAUAAUAUUGUCAAUAGAUUUAACAAUGACCCGUCAAUAGACCUGCUCCUGUUGACCACACAUGUCGGUGGUCUCGGUCUGAAUCUGACCGGAGCUGACACCGUGAUAUUUGUGGAACAUGACUGGAAUCCAAUGAAGGACCUACAGGCAAUGGACAGAGCGCACAGGAUUGGACAGAAGAAAGUUGUAAAUGUUUACCGUCUGGUGACCCGUGGAACACUAGAAGAGAAAAUCAUGGGGUUACAGAAGUUCAAAAUGACUAUUGCCAACACUGUGAUCAGCCAAGAGAAUUCCAGUUUACAAACGAUGGGAACAGACCAGUUGUUAGACCUUUUCUCAUUGGAUGAUGAGAAGAAGGGUCAAAGUGCAUCAGGCACAAACCAAGCAGAAGCUGGUUCUUCCAAAAAGGAAACGGUUUCCUCUAUGCUGGAAAAUUUGGGUGACCUUUGGGAUGAGGAUCAAUAUGACACAGAGUAUGACAUGACAAGCUUCCUCAACUCCUUGAGCACAUAGGCAGCUCCCACCCCCAGCUUCCCAAUACAAACAAGAAAAAAUAGAGGACUUUUGUGAUCUCAAAAAAUUCAGAAUAAUAGUUUUAUUCAGAACACUAAUUGUUCAUACAAAACAUUUAAACAUUAUAAAUCGAAAAGUGUAUGUAGGUUUUCAAACCGCUGAAGUGUGAGAGAAAUUCUUUGUGAAGGAAAAUGUGUUAUGAAUUAAGAAUAUUGGCAUGUUUGUCUGUUCAUUGUACCAACACAGUACUUUGUUUAUAUAUCUGAACCAACUGAAGGAGCAUUGGGUAAUGUUCACAUUGUAUUGCUUUCUUCACUUGAUGAUCACAUCUCUUUUUCGGUGCUAAGACCCUUUUGGUUCAGUAAAAGGUUUAAAUCCAGAAGAAUGAUAAGUCUGAUACAGGUGUAAGUGGUUUUUAACUUUAAUUUGUAAACCAAGUUCUCUUACUUGAUAUCUGAUAUGUGAAAUCCAGUUUACAGUACAGUAUUAUAAGAAAAAGGAGACCCAUGAAAUGUACUGAAAUUAAGAUGGGCUUUGAAAGUUUUGCAAUCUGUGUGUUCCAAAAAAGUGCCAGAAUUACAAAAAUGCUGGGAAAAUGAUACUGAAAUGUGCUGGAACUUAAAUAUUUCUAGAUAAGAGCUUGAAUGAACUGCAUAGAUAGAAAAUUAGAAAGUGCAUACAUUUCAUUACAUCCUAAAGGACCCCUUCAACACUUCUUUUGUUUAUAAAAUUUAAAUAGUACAAUGGAAUUUAAUUUAUUGAUUCUAUGUUACUAUUUGUUUGAAAUCCAUGCUGCAUAACUGCAAAAUACACAAUUUAUGAAGUGGAAAAGUGAAAAUAUGGAGCCUUCUUUUAUGCCUUUUCCCUUUUUUUUAAUCUAUUUCUAUGAAAUUUCAACCUUUUCCAAAUCAAUGAAAUAUCAUGUAAUGAGGAAAUCUUAGCAAAUUUGUAUUUUAUUUGUCCCACAAUGUCAUAACAUCAUGUUCUACACCUAAUUAUAUUAAGGUGGUCAUUGCUCAAGGUUAAAGAGUCAAAGGUCACAUUGACCAUCUUCUGGAAAUUCAUUAAACAAUGAUACUUUAUAUGCACUAGGGUGAGACAUUUGUGUCCUGCAGAAAUUUUCUAGGUUUUCAUUUUCUGAAAACUUGACUUCGAAUAGUGAAAAUGCUUGAAAUUUAUUAGUUGAACCCUGGAAUUUUAAAUUUAUUUCAGUGUCCAUUUUAUUGAUAUUCAGACUGAAACCUGCUAAUUAAAAUGCUAAAUUGCCUUUGUCUAUCAUUUGUUGUUUUACACUUGUUUGUUAAAAUUGACUUCUAAAUGUUAAUUUGAUGAAUGAUUUGCCAUUGAGAUUAUACAGUUACACAUCACAAUACAUGUGUAGCUUUAAUGUAAUUAGGAUUGAAAUCAUGUGACUUGUUGCCAGGUGUACAUGUCUUGGAGCAAGGUGUACAUGUCUUGGAGCCAGGUGUACAUGUCUUGGAGCCAAAUGUAAUGUCUUGGAGCCAAAUGUACAUGUCUUGGAGCCAGGUGUACAUGUCUUGGAGCCAAAUGUACAUGUCUUGGAGCCAGGUGUCUAUGUCUUGGAGCCAGGUGUACAUGUCUUGGAGCCAGGUUUACAUGUCUUGGAGCCAGGUGUACAUGUCUUGGAGCCAAAUGUACAUGUCUUGGAGCCAGGUGUCAAUGUCUUGGAGCCAGGUGUACAUGUCUUGGAGCCAAAUGUACAUGUCUUGGAGCCAGGUGUACAUGUCUUGGAGCCAGGUGUACAUGACUUAAUAGCCAAAUGUAUGCAACAUAUAGCCAAGUGUAUGUGUUUUUAGCUAGAUGUAUGUGACUUAUAUUAUGAUGUAUGAGACAUAUAGCCAUGUGUAUGUGUUUGUUGCCAGGUGUAUGUGUCUUUUAGCCCUGGUGUAUGGGACUUAUAGCCAAGUGUAUGUAGCCAGGUGUAUGUGACUUGUAGCCAGAUGUAUGUGACUUGUAGACAAGUGUAUGUGACUUGUAGCCAGAUGUAUGUGACUUGUAGCCAAGUGUAUGUGACUUGUAUACAGGUGUAUGUGACUUGUAGCCAGAUGUAAGUGACUUGUAACCAGAAGUAUGUGACUUGUAGCCAGGUGUAUGUGACUUGUAGCCAGAUGCAAGUGACUUGUAGCCAAGUGUAUGUGACUUGUAGCCAAGUGUAUGUGACUUGUAGCCAGGUGUAUGUGACUUGUAGCCAAGUGUAUGUGACUUGUAGCCAGGUGUAUGUGACUUGUAGCCAGGUGUAUGUGACUUUUUAGCCCAGUGUAUGUAACAUGUAGCGAAGUGUAUGUGACUUGUAGACAGAUGUAAGUGACUUGUAGCCAGAAGUAUGUGACUUGUAGCCAGGUAUAUGUGACUUGUAGCCAGAUGCAAGUGACCUGUAGCCAGAAGUAUGUGUAUUGUAGCCAAGUGUAUGUGACUUGUAGUCUGAAUUAAAUCUGAUCUGUAUGUAUUGUAGUACAUUGCAGUCCUGUAUGUAAUGUAGACAGCACAUGACUUAGAAAUAUUUCAUCAUCAUUGAAGUCGUAUAAUUGUAUCAUUUUACCUCAUAGCACAGUCAUCAUGAAUGGUAUUCCAAAUAAACAGACUAGUGAUAAUGUGACUUCCUGGUGUAAAGUGAUAAUGUCAGAUGUUAUAUGACUUGGCAGUAGAGAGAAUAAAACUUAAUUGUGUGAGUUUACCUGUUUGUGGUAGGUGCUUGGGGUGAAUGUGGGACAUAUUUGUGAUAAAUCUGCUGUCUACUCUCUGUAUACAUUAUAUAAAAAUGUAUAUACCAUUUAUAUAAUUGGCCCUUGCUUCAUUACAUAAACACUGAAAAGUCCAUGCAAAUGAUAAUGCAUAACAGGCUUGUGAAA